CGGCUGCCAGGCUGCACGAGCGGCUCCUCCGCCGCGCUCCAGGAGCUACAAGAACUGAAAGAAUUUGUGACAAUGUGCAGUCUUUACUGCUGCAGUCUCAGAGCCCUUUUUCUAUUGCUGCUUUAUGGGUCCAUGCAAAUUCCUGAAGCUGAAGGAAAAAGUGAAAUUCUACCUCCAACAAUACAAAAAAUCAUAAAAGGGUACAACAAGUAUCUACGUCCAUUUUUUGAUAAUGGUCCUGUGUCAGUGGGAAUGAGUAUGGAUAUUGCAAGCAUUGAUACAAUAUCAGAAAUAAAUAUGGACUACACAGCCACCAUAUUCCUCAGGCAGAGAUGGACUGAUGAGAGGCUUUGUUUCGAUGGUAAUAAGAGCUUGAGCUUAGAUGGUCGACUUGUGGAAAUGCUUUGGGUACCAGAUACCUUUAUAGUUGAUUCAAAAAAGUCUUUUCUUCAUGAUGUCACUGUUGAGAAUCGUCUGAUAAGGAUAUACCCUAAUGGAACAGUCUUGUAUGCCAUAAGGAUCACCACAACUGUUUCAUGCAGCAUGGAUCUGACUAAAUAUCCAAUGGAUAAGCAGACGUGUACUUUGCAACUGGAGAGCUGGGGUUAUAACAUCAAUGAUGUCAUGUUUUACUGGACCAGAGGAAAUGAUUCAGUUCGAGGUUUGGACACACUCCAGCUGGCACAGUACACAGUAGAAGACCACUUUACUUCUGUAACUGAAGCUGUGUAUGAGACAGGACGUUACCCCAAACUUGUGUUUCACUUUGAACUCAAGAGAAACAUCUUGUAUUUCAUAUUAGAGACAUAUGUGCCAUCAAUCCUUCUGGUUGUGCUCUCCUGGGUGUCAUUUUGGAUAAGCCAGUCAUCGGUUCCAGCCAGAAUCUGCAUAGGUGUCACCACAGUCCUUACGAUGACAACACUGAUGAUGGGAGCCAGGACUUCACUCCCAAAUGCUAAUUGCUUUAUUAAGGCAAUUGAUGUGUACCUUGGUAUCUGCUUCAGCUUCAUCUUCGGAGCAUUGUUAGAGUAUGCUGUGACUCAUUUCUGCACUCUGCAUCAACUCAGCUCAAAGGAACUUCCAAAGAUUAUUGAUGAUGAUGAUGAUGAAGAAGAGAAGAAUGCAGUCCUGGCAGCCGUGACAAACAGUUGCAGUGCCCCUGACAAUACAGACAAGACCGAUUCAAACAAAAGCAAACAAAGCAGCAUUGACAGGAAAAGGGAGAGAAACCAACACAGAGUGUGUAGUUCAGCAAUGUCGGUAAUGAAAAGACUUUUCUGUAUCUUUGACUGCUUCCAUGUUAAAAACCCUUACCACAUAGACAACUACGCCAGAUUCUCUUUCCCAUUAUCAUUCAUCAUAAUUAAUGUGCUUUAUUGGGUGUAUUAUUUGUAUUUCUAAAUAUUUUAUUUUGUAAUAUUAAAGUUUUGAAAGUGGACAUGGGAGGGGAAGUUGCAGAAGAAUGGAGAAAUUACAUUUGGAUGAAGGGAUAUAAAAGGACAUGCCACCUUUUCAAGUGUGUCUGAAAAUUUUGUUAACUCACUUUUCUGCUUUUAAAUGUCUG